GCCGGGUCCAUGCGGGAGGGGGAGGAGCUCCUCCCGCCCUACCGAGCGCCAUGGAGGCGGUGGGUCGGUGACACCCGCGCGGACCCUCACCGGGCGGCGGGCGGACGAACGGACGGACAGGCGGCAGGUUUUCUUCACCAGUGGGUUGUGAGAAAUAGAGACUGAAGAUGAGUGAGCUGGAACAGUUACGGCAGGAGGCAGAGCAGCUGCGAAAUCAGAUCAGAGAUGCAAGGAAAGCAUGUAGUGACACAACUCUUGCUCAGAUCACAACAAGUCUGGACUCAGUGGGUCGGAUUCAAAUGCGAACAAGGCGUACGCUUAGAGGUCACUUAGCCAAAAUCUACGCUAUGCACUGGGGAUCUGACUCAAGGUUACUAGUCAGUGCUUCUCAAGAUGGAAAAUUAAUUAUUUGGGAUAGUUAUACAACAAAUAAGAUGCACGCCAUUCCCUUGAGAUCCUCCUGGGUGAUGACUUGCGCGUACGCGCCGUCUGGAAACUACGUUGCCUGUGGUGGACUGGACAACAUCUGUUCCAUAUACAACUUAAAAACCAGAGAGGGCAACGUGAGAGUGAGCCGGGAGCUGCCAGGGCAUACAGGAUACUUGUCCUGUUGUCGCUUUCUAGAUGACAACCAAAUUGUCACUAGCUCAGGAGACACCACUUGCGCUUUGUGGGAUAUUGAAACUGGUCAACAGACCACCACAUUCACUGGGCAUACUGGCGACGUGAUGAGUCUCUCCCUGAGUCCGGAUAUGAGGACUUUUGUUUCGGGUGCCUGCGAUGCCUCCUCAAAGCUUUGGGAUAUUCGAGAUGGAAUGUGCAGGCAGUCGUUCACAGGGCACGUGUCGGACAUUAACGCAGUUUGUUUCUUCCCUAACGGACACGCAUUCGCCACUGGAUCCGACGACGCCACUUGCCGCCUCUUCGACCUGCGUGCAGAUCAGGAGUUGAUGAUGUACUCGCACGACAACAUCAUCUGCGGGAUCACCUCUGUAGCCUUCUCAAAAAGCGGUCGCCUCUUGCUAGCGGGUUAUGACGACUUCAACUGCAACGUGUGGGAUACUCUGAAAGGGGAGAGGGCAGGUGUCCUUGCUGGCCAUGACAACCGUGUCAGCUGUUUAGGUGUUACUGAUGACGGCAUGGCUGUAGCUACAGGGUCUUGGGACAGUUUUCUCAGAAUCUGGAAUUAACUGGGAGCCAAACAUGUACAUUCUCCAUUUGAGAUCUGGAGAGAUCAAUGCUGCAGCCUAUAGCUGUGAAAUAACAUUUCUACCUUGUAUUUGCAGGUGAAGUUUUUCUAUUCACUGAUUAUUACACAAAACGGCUUUCUGUAAACUAGAAAAAAAAAUCAAGUGAAGAAAUAGGGGAGGGGGGAAGAAAUCACUGACUUUUUAAAAGGGGCCAGCACACAUAAUCAUGGUGACCGACAAACUAAGAGCCAGUCUUUUUGUUUUUGGUGGUUUGGUUAGAUCGUCCUUGAAGGGUUUUUGCUUGUGCUCAGUCUGCUAAUCCUGUACCUUUUUUUGUACAUAACAGAAUAUUCACAUUAUAGCAGCCGAUCAUGUAACAUUUGUCUGUAUGUAAAGAAGUACGUUCGCAUUUUUUAAGGAACUACAUUUAUAGCUUUGCUUUUAACCCGAGAUGUCACUUCUGAGUUUUGUAGUGGACGAACUAGAUUGCUGUUCUAAAUGUUUUUGUGAAUUUACUGUAGAUAAAGCGAAGCCAAUGGUAUGUAUGUGUUUUUAUAAUAGAAGGCAUUUGAAUUUUUUUUUAAAGGCCCUGGAGACUCCCAGUUAAUACCUACCGCCUUAUUCACUCACUUCUUGACCUGCUUGCCUAUUUUUAAUUGUGGGGGUUCUUCCUUCAAGCCAGUGGUUCCUGGUUCAUCCAUUGGCAGUCACGGCCUCCAAACACCAAGGAGUUAACGCCAGGCAGACUUGCAACAACAGCAAAAACAAUUAAAAAAUAAAAUUUAAAAAAAAAAAAUCCGGUUCCAGAAGUAUUAGCCUCCUUCCUGCAGCUUUUCGCAUCAGCUAUUCCACGCAGUCCUUGGGUGCGGGAGCCAAGUGACCUGCAUUGCUCUCGUUAAGUGGCCCAGUGCUUGUCCUUUUGACAAUUCAGCUCUAAAUGAGGUAGUUUUGGCCCAUCACAAACUCCAGCUGAUUUGCUCUAACAGAAUGAUUUGGCAUGAUGCUCAGUGCGCGGAAAGCAGCGUAUCCGCAAAGCUUCCUCAAUCACCCCGAUAAACUGAGGCGUUCAGGAGGACUUUGCUUAGAUUCUUAAAGAUUUCAACGUGCAGUUAAUCUCCUGUAAUCCCCUCCAAAUUAGGGGGCUGCCAAAGCAUACCACAGCCGAAAGCGCUUGUUGUCAGUUAUGUGCAGUGUGAAUUUUACAAGGAAUUGUGUAACUUAGGGUGAACCAAAUAACCUUCCUUACCUGUGUGGCCCUUCGAAACUUCAUACUAUAAACCUAGCGACUUGCUGCUUCUCCUGUGGCCGCAGAGGUCUGCGCCGUGGGGGCUUAUUUAGAUGCUACCUGUUCUGCCCCUCUAACACUGUAAAUAGCCAUUUCCUCUCCUCUUCCUGAUUUCAUUCUGAUUUUGAUGUCAGUUGCUUAUAAACGAUAGGUUCUGAUCAAGUACAGUUGAGUGUAGAUAUAGGAGAAAUCAAGUGACUGAUGCCCAUUUGAAACUACCGGGGAAGACUGCUGAACUCUCUGGUGCCUGGCAGCGUGCCUGCGCUCGCAGUGGAUGUUCUCUUGGGAAUCUGAACAUCUGUGGCCUUUGCGGAAAGUGGAAUGAAGUCUUCUGGCGUCUCUUAAGUGACUUAUUUCAAAGAUAACGCGAAUUUUAAAUCGCCAGGUUGGAAGAUCAUGUUAAUCUGCCCUCGUCUGCCGUUACGGGGAGCCUGGGUCAGGCAGCAGAUAGAAGUGCCCGCUACCUGGCGAUGCGCCAGGCCAGCUCUGUGCCCGAGAUGACGAUUUGUCAGGUUUUCUGACAUUCGUAAUCCUAAAUUUCAGUACUUCCGGACUGUGCCUGUAAACUUGCCGUGUCUGUGAUGGUGAAGGUGCCAAUAAACGUGCCAGGAGAUUGGCCGUUCCCAUUUCACAGGAGAUCCACCGUUUAGAAAAAGGUGCGCCCUGCGCUGGAGCAGCGCACGCCUGCUGCCGGCAGGCCGUGGCGCAGGACCAAAGUCACCCUGUAUUGCAUGUCGCGGGAAUUCCUCAGCGCUUUGCUUUAUGAUCCCUCUGCAUUAACGGAGCUAUGACGGAAUUCUUGUCACUCUGAGGGGAGCAGCUCUUUGGGAUCUUGCAGGCUUCCUGGUUGGUUUAUUUUUUUUUAGUGGUGCACUUAUUUUUUUUUUUGUGAACUCCCAGCUGCCUUGAGUGAAUCAUUCUGGAAAUGUGUUACUAAGGGAUUUUAAGAAAAUAUUCUUUUUCUAAAAAUGCUUUCUCCAUAGAAGCGUGUUUUGAACCGAUUUCCUAGUCAACGCCUUGCGAAGACAGGUGCCAUUUUUACAUUCUGGUAUUAAAACUAGUUUCUACUUGUGAAACCCCAAAAAGAAUUUUACAAACGUGUAUAAUUUUUCUUAAAAGCCCGGGUGGACUGUGAAGGCGGUAACGGCUCUCGUACAGGCAUUACUGGGAAUAAUUUCACUGUCAUCGUUGAUGGGCGAUUGUCUGUUGGAUUGAGCUGCUUUUGAAAUAAAUAAAGGAACGCCAGUGACGUGCUGAUGAGGUUUCCAAAAGCGUCACACAAAUACCUGCCCGUGCCCCAGGGCCGCAGGUCCUGCGGCGGCUCCUUUUGUUGGAGCACGAGGAAGCCUGGGAGAAGCCUGAGCAUCCCGGGGAAGCUUCUUGGGACCUUUAGAUCUGCCACGGUGGUGUUCGCUGUUCAGUUACUGCCCUGGAAAUAGUUUUAAAAAAAAAAAAAAAAAAAUCCAAAGCCUACAGAUUUAAUGUAAGGCAUGUUAUUGUGUGAGGCCAGAUACUGAACUAGCACAGGCUGUGGCACUUCCUUCCCCAAACAGUUGUCAGAGGCCUUCCAAGAGCGAUGCCCUUACUGGAGGGGAUGCAGUUUUAAUGGUAAAAGCUCAAAAAAAAGGGGGAAGGCAAUGAAAUAACCCUUCAUAGGUUUUGCUUAAAAGGUUUUAUUCCCAGCUUUCUCAAAGAAAAUGGGGCAUGCCUGGGGGUUGGUGUAGGCUCCCGUGUGGUGUGUCGCUCCCCUACUACACCGCAGCGGUCACAGCGCUUGCGGGGGCAGCUUACCUGUCUUUAAAAGUUUGUUGCCAAACUCCAUCCUUAGCUGAGCUUCUUUCAUCACGGAAGAGGAGUGACUAAGAACAUGGUGCCAAAGCGGUGGCGAGUAACUCUUUCCCAGCCUCCCCUCUCAAAAGUCAGCUGCUUGAUUGGGGCUCCGGAGGUGGAAGUGUUGUGCCCUGUGUAACGAGAAUAAUUUUUAUCCAGGUAGUGUGUUGGGUUUGUGUGUGUUUUUGUCAGCAUCUGCUAAGGUGGCUUUGCCUUUGCAACAGGGACCACGGCUCAGGCGGGCGCUGGCUUGGGCUUGCUCCCGCGUAGGCGCAGACAACCCUUUUGUUGGUAGAGCGAGUGGCCAAGAGUCUGGAAACCACAAAAAUAAAAAAAGCGCCUCUGCGUGGCAGCUUGCUGGUGUACGCGCGCUCCCCGGGAACGCGGGCCGCUGCCCCUCCGCUGCCAGACCCUCUUUCUCAACUGCAGGCAGGGCGCAGCGGCCGGCAGAGCGCUGCGUCAGCGUAGUGGCCGCAGUAGCUACCGUGGGAAACGGCCCGUGGCUUCAGUAGCCUUUUCCCCGGCCGAAGGCGAGGGCCUGACCUUGACUGGGCAAAGCUGGGCGGCUGCACCAGCCCGGCCGCGUGUGCGCCCUGUAAUGCACGGGUUGGCACUAGUUAACGCGUCAGUUUGUGUAACCGCUUGUCCCACACCGGAGUCCCCGUUACCGUGAGGUGGAACGAAACCCUUGUGAAAACAUUCCAAGAGUGCUUGGUCCCUCCUGGCCGAGGCGGCCGUCGCCUCGCUAGGUUUAGUGCUGUGCUUUCCGAUGUUGGUGAGAGUUAUUGGCUACUUCAGCUCGUUGGUAUAAGUGGUCGUGUAGCAGAAUGACUGAGUUUUGAGAUAGCAUUUCCUGUAAAAGUACUUAAGCAUGGGUUGAUGGUGCACUUUGUAUACAGUCCUCUGGCAUGCAUGCUGGGAAACUACUUCCUACCCUUCAGAGGCACCACAAGCCUUUUUAUCCAAUUGCUGGUUAUGUAAAAUACAUGCAGAAUGUUAAUGCGGUGUUGUUAUGGUAAAUGUGUGACAGUGUUACUAAUCGAUAUAACUGAUAACCGAUUACAUGUGCCUGACAUUCUUAUACCACACAGUAUGUUUCGGUUUUAACUAAUAUGGACUUCGAUGGAAUAGUCUUAGGUAUUUCAAGCCUUUGUUUUACUUACACAAUGGUGCUCUAUUGGUGGGGUUGUUUUCUCCUUUUUUUAAAAUAAAAGCAGCUGAACACUUGUAGUACGUAUUACAUCCAAAGGAGUCCACAACAACAUGCUUCUGAACAUGCUUGAUUUUGAGUUGCCGUCGGUUUCCAGCGUUUCUCACCGGCUACGUUUCCUUGGGGUUUUGGGGGGGGGGGCUGCUUUUUUUUUUUUUAAAUUGUUGCUGACUACUUUGGAAAACUUUGGUAACGUUACCAAUGAUGAAGUGAUUCUGCACUGCCUUUGGAUUGUGUAUGUAUUCAGAAACAGUCUUAAAGCUUUUAUUUAAGCUAUUAAAAAACCAGGGACUUGUGCCAUUUGUUCUUUAACAGUGCUGUUGUAAAAAGACUUCCCUGUGAAAAAAAAAAUCACUCGCUAUGAACUCUGUUUAUAGCUUUUUUUUUUUUCCACGAUGGAUCUUUUUUCUUUGUAUUUGUACAGUGGCUCAGUGAAAAAUGUUGCCAUGAGUUGAUAUUGUAACCAAUAAACAAGUGCUUUUAACCAGA